AUGGAAACAGAUGAGAUGUUUCUUCUAGAUGACAGUAGCCAGGGAAAUUUGCAAGAUAGCAACAUUGCACAACAUAACACAAUAAAUUUAGGUGUGUAAAAUAAAUUAGUGACUAACCUGUACCAUGUAUGUUGGUUUAAACAGUUCUAUUUUAGUGUGCCUGAUUAAUCACCAGGUUCAGUUGAAAAUUUUCUGUUCCUUUUAAAGGGACCUAGAGAAACCUGAGCUUGCAUGAAUUUCAUAUUUAAUAAUUAUUUGCCAAAGGCAAGGUGAUUAUUCCCAAUAAUCACUGUGCCUGAGGAUUGUUUUGGGCAUAAUUUCAAUGAUUAUUUGAAAAAAAAAAUUUAAAAAUUUUUUCAUCAUAUUUAUACAUCACAAAAAACUUCAAUGACCGCCAAAAAUCGAGCUUGAAUAAAAAAAAGGAGAGCUGCUUGCUUCAUUCGACAGCAAUAAUCACCAAUAUAAUUAUACUAAAUUUGUUCAUUAUUUUUUGCAUUUAAUAUAUAGAGACAAGCACAGUCGAUAAGAUUGUUACGGACACCUCAGAGCACAGUCAAUUCACAAAUUCAGGUUGGUAAAACAAUUACAUGAACAUGUUACCAAUGACUCUGGACAAUUGUUGACUCUGGACAGUUCAAAUAACAAUUAUGCAAUUAUUAAUCGUACUUUCCACCAGGGGCGUCGGAAAGUCGAUAAUUGGGGGCAUAUAUUCACAAAUUCAUGUUCUGCAUCAUUAAUUUAUUUUGAAAGCAAUUGCUUUUACAGUCUGUGAACAUGAAUAUAUGAAUACCUGCCCCCCCCCCCAAUUAUUGACUUUCUGGCACCUCUGCCAGGCCCCUCAGACAUUUCUCAUAUUUUAUACUUUUUGACAAUGCUAUAUUACAAAACAAAUAUAAAACUUUUUCCUGUAUUGAUAUACAGUUAUAUAUAGGGAUGACCCGAUACCAGAAAAAAGCCGAUUCGUCGAUCCGAUAUAUCGGAGGCGAUAUAAAAAAAUAAUCAGCCGAUUAAUCUGCUAUGGCGGAUAUGUUCUGUGUAAAAGUUGAAUAAAAGUUUAAAACCCAGUACAAGUGCUGAAUAACGUUUUUUUGACAACUUUUAAUACUUGUGUAUGCACCACAAAUUGACUUACUAGUUUUAGUGUGUUCCAGAACAUAUUCAUAUUGGACAGUUAUCUGUCGCUGUAUGAGUCAAAUGAAUCAAACGUAAAAAUAUAAAUGUAUAAUUGGAAUUCACUCAACAUCUGUAGACUAGAUGUCUAUACUGUCUAGACAACUCGACUUUUUCGAGCUUUUAAUUUCUUUAAAGGCUUUAAUGUUUAUUUAAACAGUAAAAUUGGCUAAAUUUUUUUCAGUGAUUUUGUGUUUAAUUAAGAUACAAUGAUAAGAUUUUAAUUAACUUACAAGUGAUCUUAUUCCCUCAAGUAAUGCAAUAUGGGAUUAAACACGUGCAACAAAAGUGUCAAAAACAAGAUGGAGUGUAGAUUACUAGAUUAUAGUUAUUUUUCUUAAAAAAACCGAAAAAAUUGUGAAUAUCUGCAAAUAGCCGAUUAUAAAAAAUAAUUGGCCGAUUACCGAUUAUUUUGAAAACGCCAAAUAUCGGCCGAUUAAUCGGCUCAUCACUAGUUAUAUAAACAAUUGUUAUUACAAUUUUUUUUAUUUAAAUUAAUUUAUAGAGACAAUAACAGAUUGCACGGUGGACAAUGUUAUUUUUGAAGAAGAAACUACAUUGGCAUUAUUCAAACGAAUAAUUCACCGAUUUCGCAACAUGAUGUCUGCAGAAACUGUGAGAAACUUUAAAAAGUUGAAUCAACUAAAGAAAAGCAGUGCUUUACGACAAGGUCUCCAAGCUAAGCCGAGAAAAAGCAAAAAAGUCAGAUGGUCGUGUAACAACAGCAAGUAUGAUAAAAGACCAAUUUCCAAACUCUGCUACACACUUUUCGCAAAAGGCACUGGCAUAUAA